AUGGACAAGUCAUCAGCCUCGACCGGCGGCGCCCAAACCGCCACCACGAUCACCGACAGCGUGCCGAGCCCCCAACCUGACACCCGACCGCCCAUCACCUCCACCACCACUAGCAGCCAAACGUCAAAACAAUCAUCCACCUCAGCCUCCCUCAAUCACUCCCCCGCUGCCUCUCGAGACGCUUCCCCGUCCCGCAAGCCUCGGCGAACAGCUUUGACCGGCAGUGCCAGUCAAUCGCGCAGGAACAGCCAGCAGGACCUGAGCCCUACCCGCCAAGCAAAGUCGACUUGUACCGAGCCGUCAUCGGCUGCCGCUCCCAGCCUGCGCUCGACCACCAAGGAGCCUCCGAUCCUUUCGCCCACGCCGCAGAAGCCCCCGGCCGUCCAAGACUUGAAGGACAGCCAUCGCUGGCCCGUCUCGCCCCGUCUACGAUCGCCUCCGCCACAGUUGAGCAAGCUCGGUCUACCAGAUUCACUGCAAAACUCGUCCGAAAACGAUUCCGAUGAGUCGCACAUGCAGUCGGGCAUCAGAACCCCCGUCUGCGGCGCGUUGGAAACCGUGCAGGAAGUCAGCCAGAACAACUCGCCCGCGCACGCGGCCGAUGCCUCGCUGUUAGAGCAUGUCAAGGAGAAGCUCGCCACCCCGGGCAACCCUCCCGACAGUGCCCUCAGUGACGGCGGUCUAGCGCUCAAUAACAAGACCUACAACAUGCCCGGGCCCCCGGGUAGCGGAGAUGUGGGCGGAUCCAGGCCCGAGUCCCGACGUCCUUCGUCGGUUCCGCCGCCGCCGCCGACCCUCGUCUCCCGGCAGUCUAGCGCCAUGUCAACCAAGCAGGCCAAGUCCAAACCGGAGGGCUCAACACAGAACAUGACGGUCGAGACAGAGACGGUGCCCAGCGUCCCCCAAGUCGUCCUGGCGACGGGAACAAAGGCCGAGGCCGCCAACGGAACCCUCAAAACCAAGCCAAGCGCCGAGACCAUCAGGCCGAAAAGGGAGAAGAAGAAACCGGCGCGCAAGCAGCCUGCGGUCAACUCGGGGACAGGGUCUUCCAAAGCCGACAUCUUCGAGGCAAAGAUUGCCAACGCCGUUGACGAAGCCAACACCUCGGAUUCGGAAGAAACCUUUGUCUAUGAUUCCAAUCCUCCAGACAACACUGAACGUUCGACUCGUCGCUUUCACUCCCGCACCCCCAGUGCGACUUCCAUGGUCAGCCAGGCGGACCGACCAAACUUGCGGUCCCUCUACGGGGUCUUGGAAGGCGGGAGUCAUGGUCACGGUCACGGGCCCGUGCCCAAGAAGAGUAUGAAGUUUGUCAACACGUUUGGGGGUAACGCGAGCGAUAGCUUGACGCCCGGGGACGAGGAUGGAAAGGGGACCGGGCGAAGCACCGGCGGCUCUGCGCGCGGUACCCUGCGACACCAUCACCACAUAGGCAGAUGGGGCCGGCAACCCGGCAACGGCCAUGCGUCACUGUUCGACAACGAGUCGCCGUUCCCAAACGCAGCCAAGUCCAAGCUCGCGGGCAACACCUCGCGCAAUUCGUCGGGCCCGACGAGCCCGAGAAACUACCACUCGGCGCGUGGACAGUUUGGCACCAAGCGAUCUGCGAUGCAAAUGUCGUCGAGCUACGAUCUGGACGACACGACAGGCGCCGACGACGAGCGAACACCUCUGAUUGAGACGGCGCGUUCUUUGAGGGGCAGCCGAAGCAGGCGCGGGCCGCAUAGCUUACGGCAGGCGGAAUCCCAAACCUACACCAGGCGAUCGUCAUACCUAAAUCGAUUCGCGGCCUGCCUUGUCUUGACCAUGAUGUUCCUGCUGGUCAUCACCGGUGCCAUAGGUUUCAUGUUCGCCACGUCGCAGCCCAUGACCGGCAUCGAGAUUGUCUCCAUCGGCAACGUGGUCACGAGCGAGCAGGUGUUGAUGUACGAUCUCACGGUCAAGGCACAUAACCCCAACAUCGUGGUGGUGACGAUUGAUCGGGCGAACCUGGAAAUAUUCGCCAAAUCCAAGUACGCAGACGAGGACUCGAAACGGCGGAAGCAUCAUCAUGUGUCGGACAGAUUGCAUGCCCGAGACGACCCAGCGAACGACCCGCCCCUGAGGCCCGGCGACGGCGAUAGUGACAGUCGACCAAAUAUUUUACUCGGCCGCGUCACGGUGUUUGACAGCUCACUGACUUUCGAAGGUUCCCUCUUCCACCAGGGAACGUCAUCCUCGACGGGACAGAUGCAGCUCCCGAGUCCCGGGAACAACACCGUGGAUGGUUCGGAGCGGUGGAACAACAUUUAUCAACACGAGUUUGACCUGAUUGUCAAGGGUGUGGUUAAAUACAGCCUCCCCUUGAGCGCCCACGUUCGCAGCGCAACAGUGUCGGGGCGAACCACAGUCAAGCCAAACUCUGCCAACAACCCAUCUCCGAAGCCGAACAUCACCGUCUCGGUCGCGUCAUGA